AUGGACCUUAAUUUUUAGAAUAACUAAUUCUUUUAUCAUUGUUUAAGAGGGCCAUCAUCUGCUAGAAGGAAUUCAACACCUAGAAGAAGACAUAAAUUAGUUUAGGCAACCGUAUAAUUAGACUUAAGCCUAGUGCAAAAUAAUAAUCAUUUAGCUGACUCUGCAAUUAUUAGUAUAUCAAAAGAUAGAUAAGAGAGAAGUGUUCCUUAGACUUAAACAUAAGAGUUAUUAAAAACAGAUUUUCCAAAUAGAAAACAAAUGCUUAUCUAAAAAAGUUCUAAUGUACAUAGAUAAUUAACUUAAAUGAUUGACACUAAUAGAUAAAUUAUUUUAUUAGAUCAUACAAAAGAUCAAUCAGAUGUGAUUCUUUAAUAUCUUCCAUAAGGUCAAAUAUUUUUAAAUAAGGCGAAUUAAUCAAUUUUAUAGAGUUGGAUACCAACAUUACCUUAAGAUGAAAGAAAAUAAGUAGAAAAAUAUAAAAAAAACUUUCCAAUCCCUAGAAAUAUUCCAUAUCAUGAAAUCAUUGAUGGUUUAAAUACAAUUUAUGGAUAAGGAAAAAAUAGAAGAUUAUGGCCAGGAGAAGAGGCUUUAUUAAUGGAAACUAUUAGAUUAUAUAUAAAUAAAAUACUAUAGAAUCCAAAAUUAUUAAUACAUAGUGUUCCAUUUACAUUGUAAUAAAUUAUCAAAAUAUCAGGAUUGACUGAAAUAGAAAAUAAUAAAUUUUGUAUGCUUUAAUUAGAAUGUCAUUGGAAAAUGAUGAUCACAAGAUUUAGAUAUAGUGGCAAUAAAGAAUUAAAUAAAAAAUCUUGGUAAAAUUGGUUUGAAAUGGCAUAAAUGAAAGGACAUUUCUUAAAUUUACAAAAUGAUAAUAUUCUAACUUAGUAUCUAUUAAAGCAUCAGUAAAUAGAUUGA